UUGCUUCCGCUUCAGGCUGUAGCGCGGCGGCCCUCAGUCGGCCAAGGUCCAUACGUGGGUGCGGGGGUGGUGGGAUGCUAAAGGCCCCUGUGUCCUCCGGUGAUGAGCCCGGACGUCGCUGCGACCCGAUCCCAGGGCUGGGUUUCGCAUCGGUUGCCGGGACUGCUGACCUUCAGGGAUGUGGCCAUAGAAUUCUCCGAGGAGGAGUGGGGACGCCUGACCCACACUCAGCGGCAACUGUACAGGGACGUGAUGUUAGAGAACUAUGGACAUCUCCAUUUCUUGGGUCUCCUUCUGUCAGAGCCAGACCUGAUCAUGUUUUUGGAGCAAGAGAAGCAGCUCUGGGAUGUGAAGAGAAAGGAGACUGGAGGCUUCCAACCAGAAUUUCUUGGGUUGAGUUUUGUCUUACUCUAAUUUGGUAAUUUCCUAAUAAUGUGUUUCUUGUGUCUGGCUCAUUCCACCAUAUUCGUUAGGUGUGGAUUCGGUCUUACCUGUGUGUGUUGUUACAGGAAGGGAAUUUUCAGCUCAGUGUAUUUCAAGACCUUGUGAGCAUAACUCAAAAAAAAUGAUCUUUAUGUUUUUUGCCGGUAAAUUUUGUGUGUCUUUGUCUUGUGUUUGUAUGUCACACAUACAUACUGUGUGACCCCUACUUUUUAUCUCCUUGGUGAGUGGUCAGUGAAUGUUGUACCAUGUCUAGGUGAGUUGUCAUCCACAUAGAAUUCAUUUCACCGUGUUUUUGUGGGUGAAUUUUUAUUCUCUCUGCAUGAGAGAAAGACUGUUUCGAAUUCAAAGUAAU